AUGCAAGAGACCAAGUUCAAAGAACAUUAUGCAUUAUGGAAGUUGAACAAGCGUGGCGUUGACGGCGAGAACAUCAUUCAUUUGUUGCUAAAUCGGGAGGAACAAGUGUGCUACGAAAUCGCUCGAAUUCUACUCAAACGAUAUCCAGGCUUAGCCAACGAUAUCUACAUGGGUGACGAGAUGUUCGGUCAAUCGGCUCUGCAUUUGGCGAUUGUGCACGACGACUACGAGACCGUGCAACUACUGUUGGCGAAUAAAGCCGACGUGAAUGCACGUGCUUGCGGAAACUUCUUCCUACCCGAAGAUUUCAAGGCAACUAACAAAGUCACUGACUAUCAAGGUUAUGCCUACUAUGGCGAGUACCCGUUGGCGUUUGCCGCUUGUUUCGCCAAUAAAGACAUCUACGAUUUGCUGAUUCAGCAUGGAGCAAAUCCAAAUUUACAGGACUCCUUCGGCAAUACCAUACUUCAUAUGUGUGUCAUCAGCUACAGCAGUUCGAUGUACUCGUAUGCGGUACGUCAUUGGGCGAAACCGGCCGAUCCACAUGUCGUCAACUAUGCAGGACUCACACCGCUCACUCUUGCCACCAAACUCGGUCGAAAGCAUAUCUUCGAAGAAAUGUUGGAACUGAUGAAAGUGGAGUUCUGGCGUUUCUCUGAUAUGACCUGCUCGGCAUAUCCGCUCAAUACUUUGGACACUAUACAACCAGAUGGGUCAACAAGUACGUAUUUAUGUUAG